AUGCCUUUUGCUGAUGAGAGCCAGAUCGGAUCCAUGAACUUCGCCCGCCCUGUGCGCGGGGAUCCGCGGGUGAGGGCUGUGGGCUUGGUGGUCUGCGUCGGCUUCCUGGUGGCGUUGCUCCGGGGGGGCCACUUGGCGCACCUCGCGCUGGGCGUGGUGGUGCUGCUCACCUUGGCCUCGAGUGCGAGUCGGCGCUUACGGCCGCAGAGGUCCAAGGUGCACUUCAGCCCUCAGGUGGAGUGCAUGGGCGUGCCCAAUCUGCUGAUCGUGGAGGAGCAGCGGAAGGCGCAGCUCUGGUGGCAACCGGAGGACUUCGCGGAUUUCUUGAAGGUGCGGUUGGAGAUCGCCAAGGCCUACAAGGACACCGCCCAUGUUGGGUGA